AUGGCCUCUGGUGAUGAAGCUGAGCUGCGGGACCUGAUCAACGAUGUUGUUCAAGCUGCAAAGAUUCCCGCCAAAAAGCGAUUUGUCUCGAUCAAGCCCACCAUCGAGAACCUCACCUCACGCGCAUACGACCAAGGCCUCUUACCAGACGCGCUGAGCGAGCUCAUUUCACUCAUCACAAAACCCAGCCACCUUGAUCAAGCCAGCCUCAACUCGCUCAUCAACAACUUGUACCCGUCUAGUCGUGUUUCCUCCGAUGUCAUCCUCAGAGUCAUUGGCUGUCUUGGACGCGGGGAGCUCAAGCCUUCCUUGCCCAUCCAGGCUGGCUUGUUAAGGUGGCUCGUCAUGGUGUAUCAAACCAUUGAGACUCCAGCUAUCCUCUCACAGUCAUAUGCUAUCCUGUUCAACCUGCUAGAUACAGCAGCCAUCAGGUUCGCCCUUCAUUUGGGAAAUGAGAUGGGCAAUGUAAACAUUCUGGAGCAAAAGAGAAAUUCUUCCAUCGUGCUGAUCCCGAAUAGCCUAGGCCUAUCUCGACGGACGGGCCAUGAUCCAGCGUUGACAGGCCUCCUGCGAAUAUUCAAAGACUACUACCCCGAAAUCAUCGUUGGCGACGCCAUCAAGGGCAAGGCAUCUGCUUUCAAGCACCCCGACACCCAAUGGCGCGACCGGCUGGGCGAAAUUCAACGCGACUAUGCCCAACGCUCCACGGCCGCCAACUCACAACCUCAGAGCGGCUUCACGGUGAGCAGACACGCUGCGGGCGGCGGACGAGGACCGCGUCCGUCUGGUAUUCCUGCUGUUCACACUUCGUAUGCCGACGAGACGUCUGUGACUUUAGAGGAAAUCGACAGCGCUGAUCGACUGGCCCAAACGCUGGAAAAGAUUGAGGUGCCGAAUCAGUUAGCUGCUGUCCUUGCCGACCCGCUGCUUCAGAAACUCGUUGCUUUGAGGAAGGACGAUGUCAUGUCGCGCCGCAUCGUGCAUUGGUUGGACGCGCUCCUCGACGAUGUCGUCUCGGGAAACGCAGACGCCAAGACCUUCGAGGACACCAUGGAGGUUCUCCAAGACUAUGUCUCGCGCGAAACACCCCCGGUCGUCUUAAACUUCCUGGCCAAACUAUUCGAGAGGUGGGACGGCGUCGAAGCACAAGGUCAUAUCCUCGGCAUACUUCAGUACACAACAUUGUCCAGAUUUGAUGAACUUGAGCGCCUCCUCUUCCAACCCCUCGAGAAGUGCCUUCCCCGAACGCCUUCAAAUCAGAUCCUCCUGCUCGAUACCUACAGAGGCCUGUUACACAACUGGACCUCGGUCCUUCUCGCCCUGGGCAGCAUACCGUCCGACACACCUUUUGACGCCGUCAGGCAACUUCAGAUUCACGCCAACGCUCUCACGCUCUCGCUCAUACAAGCAUGCCCCUCAACAGCAACCAACGGCGCCGUCCUCGACUUUUACGAACAAGUCGCCGCGACGACCUCGCACCCCACCCUGCAACCACACGUCCGCAUCGCCAUCCCGUCGCCGGCGCUCGUCUACCUCGUCUUCUUCUCGCCCUCGCUCGGCAACGUGUCCCGCCUCACCGGCGUCCUCGCCCGCUACAAGACGGCCUUUGACGCCGCCAUGGCGCGGUCCAAGACGGCCUACACGUCGGCCGACCUCCGCACCUUCAACAGCUUCCUCAUGGACCUCUGCAACUGCCUCUGGCGCGGCCGCGCCUUUAACGCCACCGACACGAACGCCCUCGGCUGCCUCGCGCCCCGCGCCGCCACGAGCCGCUUCCAGCGGUACGCCGAGGACGUCGGCUCCGAUCUCGCGCUGCCGCUGCUCUUCGGCCUGUCGCACUCGCCGCUGCUGAGCCUGCAGUCCAUCUCUUGCGUGCGCGCGCUCGAGGACGAGGCGUUCCGCGGCGACGGCGGCGUCAUGAUCGCCACGCGCCACGCCGGGCCCGUGACGCAGGCCAGUCUGCAGCGGCUCGCGGCCGCGCGCGGCCUGCCGCUCAAGUGGGCCGAGUACCGGCUGCAGGUGCUCCGACAUCUCGAGAGGGAGGGGUUCGUGGGCGUCAUGGACUUUAUGAAGAAUAUCCUCAAGGUCUUGCAGGGCACGGGGAACGCCGCGAGCCAGGGGAGUCAGGGCUCGCGCGCGUCGCUAGGGUAG